AUGGGUGUUUUGGAGACGAAGUUGGUUGAUCAAAAAUUCAUGAGAAUCUUACGAAAUAAAUUUGAUGGCUUCAUGCAUGUAAACAACUUUUGCACUCAUAAAGUCGGACGGAUCUUGAUUUUGUGGAAUCCAUCCAAAAUAUUUUUGGAUGUGAUGGAGGUUCAUCCACAAAUCAUUCAUUGUAAAGCUACUUGCAAGAUAACAUCUUAUACCUUUCUCGUUAAUUUUGUUUAUGGAUUUCAUACUUUGGUUAACCGACGAUCACUUUGGAAUAACAUUAUGGAAUUCAAUGCUCAAGUUUCGUUACCUUGGAUGAUUCUUGGUGACUACAACAAUGUCCUCAAAUUUGAUGAGAAUUGUAAUGGGGCGGAUGUUACUCCUUAUAAAAUUAAGGAUUUUGAAAAUUGUUGCCUUCAUGUGGGUCUUACCGACGUGCGCUCCAUUGGUUGUUAUUAUACGUGGACUAAUAAUUCAGUUUGGACCAAAAUUGAUAGGGCAAUGGUAAAUGAUAUUUGGGUGCAAAAUGGAGCAUGUGUUGAUGCAAAUUUUCUACCAUCCAAAUGUCUUUCCGACCACUCCCCUUGUAUUGUUUCCAUUCAUGAUCGUGUUGGAGGCACUAAAAAACCUUUCAAGUUUUUUAACAUGUGGACUAAGCAUGAGAACUUACGUGAUCUUAUUCAAACUUGUUGGAACUUUAAUGUGUUGGAGACAAAGCAAUUUAUCCUUUGCAAGAAGUUGAGCAAACUUAAGGGAGUUUUGAAGGAGCUUAAUAUUAAGCAUUUUGGCCACAUGUCGACUAUGGCAAAUAAGGCUAAAAAUGAAUUGAAGGUUGCCCAAUUACAACUACACAAUCAGCCUAUGAAUGAGAAUUUUCAACAUAUGGUUGCUAAAUUGAGGAAGAUUGCCGUGGUUAAAAGGAACUCUAUGAGGAAUUUUAUUGCUACUAUACUCAAAGAGGAUGAGACGUAUACUACAUCACAAGAUCAAGUUGCUACGGAAUUUGUAAAAUUCUACAAUACUUUGCUUGGAAAAAACUGCCCAACUUGGCCUAUUGACAUGGAAUUUGUUACAAACGAUCCCUUGGUUUCAUUGGAACAAGAUGAUAAGUCUCCCGGGCCGGAUGAUUAUACUUCUUGGUUUUUCAAGAAUGCAUGGGGGACUAUUGGUGAUGACUUUGUUGGAGCUAUCAUGGAGUUCUUCUCUUCGGGUUCCAUUCUCAAACAAAUCAAUCACGCGAUCCUUGCUUUAGUGCCAAAAUUUGGUCACACACCACAUGUUGGGGAUUUUAGGUCGAUCUCUUGUUGUAAUGUUACUUACAAAGCCAUUGCAAAAAUCCUUACUUCUAUACUGAGACCCAUUUUGGGUAAUAUUGUGGACCAUGCACAAGCCGUUUUUGUGGAAGGUAGGAGUAUGAUGGAGAACGUUCAUCUUGCCCAAGAACUCAUGAGGCAAUACAAUAAGAAAAUGGUUGCUCCAAGAUGCCUCCUAAGAAUUGAUCUUACAAAAUCUUAUGAUUCGGUAAGUUGGGAUUUCCUUAGAGAUGUUCUUGAAGGAUUCCACUUCCCCUCGAGAUUUGUAAGUUGGGACAUGGAAUGUGUUACUUCUCCAACAUAUUUCGUAGCUUUGAAUGGGAGUAUGCAUGGAUUCUUCAAAGGUAGGAAAGGCCUCCGGCAAGGUGAUCUCCUCUCCCCCUUUUUAUUCGUGCUUUGUAUUGAAUACUUCUCAAGAAUGUUUAGAGCUACAACGAAUGAUAGUGAUUUCAACUAUCAUCCUAAAUGUGACCCCCUAAAGAUCACCUAUUUAGGUUUUGCGGAUGAUUUGAUGCUCUUUGCUAGGGGAGAUGUCAUGUCGGUGAAAAUUCUCAUGGAUUGCCUCUCAAAUUUUGGUUUGGUAUUGGGUUUAAGGUUGAACAUCCUCAAAUCCAAUUUGUAUACGGUGGGGAUUUAUGGACAACCACUUGAGGAUAUCUUGCAACUCACAAAUAUCCCGAAGGGUAGUAUGUCAUUUCGGUAUUUAGGCAUUUCACUCGCUUCGAGAAAACUUAAAGUAAGUUGUUAUGCCCCAUUUCUUGAAAAAAUUACAACUUAUAUUGGUGCAUGGAAUUGCUCUUCAUUAUCUUAUGCGGGCAAGGUGGAACUUAUUAGGGCAGGAUCAAAGAAGCCUUUGGUUGUGUGGAAUGAUCUUUGUCUUCCAAAAGAUGAAGGAGGCCUCAGCUUGAAGGACUUGAAGAGUUGGAAUUUAGCGUUACUUGCUAAAACCCUUUGGAAUAUAAAUCAUAAAAAGGACACACUUUGGAUUCGUUGGGUUCACCAAGUGUAUCUUAAAGGGGCUUGCAUUUGGGAGGUUCAUCAUAGAAAAGAUCACUCUCCACUUUUUAAAAAAUUGCUGGAAAUCAGAAAUAUACUGCUUCAUAAGCUUGCUGUUGCACAGGAAAUGGGACGACAUCUGGACAGAUUUUUGGAUCUGCCUAAUGCUCAAAGCAGGGGCUGA